CUGCCUUUCGUGUCUGGACAAUACGACAAAGCUCCCGACAGGCUGCCUUGGCCAGAAUAUUCCAGAAGGCUCUCCUUCUACAGACUCAUCGCCCUCACCGCGGAAUUGGUCCAAGAUGGCACUUACAAGCUGAAGCACGCUGAGAAGAUUAGGGAGAUGCACAAGCACAGCAUCACUUACGAACUUGGGACCGUCGCUGCUGGGAUACAGGAAAGAUUUUAUCUCAUGCUCAAGCUCUAUAGAAAAUACGCCAACAUGGAAGCCUACAAGAAGAGGCUGUUUCAGAUUGAACAUAACUUUAGAGCGCUACAGGUUAUGGUGACCGGGGCAGUGGAUGACAAUGCUCAAGCGCCAAUUUCACCUAUAAUGGGUGACAUAACGACUCAGUUGUACGUGACACUGGAAAAUGGUCCAUCAGUGCUAAACACGUCGGGUGUUGCUGACAUAAUGAACUCGACCAGGAGAGAUGUGUUAUUCAACGUUAACCUGAUCAACUACAUCUGGAAAAUGAACAGAAGAAUCAUGCUCUGCUACGUUACAACUAUAGCUUACAGAAAUGCCAUGGCGGAUAUAGACAGAUAUUUUCACGUCAGGGAUUUGUACGUGGGUAAUUUGGAGUACGAAGUUGGUUACCUUACUCACGAAGUUAUUUUGCAUUACCAAAUGAUUUUGGAGCUGUACCAAAUUAUUGAUAGGAGAUACAUAAAGCAUCCAAUGAGAAAUUUCGCUCCAGUUAACUACAUGUUCUUUAUGUACACAAAUAUAUUGGAGCUCAGCAAAGUCAUCAUCCACCUUUGCAAUAUGAUGCACGAAUUGGAAAAGAAAUAUAAGACUAUUAAAGGCGGAGUAUUCACUGAUGUAGGUGAUAAAGCCGAUAAAGGAGGAGACGCGCAUCAAAAGAAAGUAAAGGAAAUAGAGGGCCAGCAGGCCGAGUAUGAGAGGUGGCUGGCGCAGCAGAUUAAGGAACAAAAGAAAGCUAUGAAGGAGAAGAAGAAAUAUUACAAGCAGUUGGCCAAGCACGGAAUAACGUCCUCUGUGACCAAGAAGAAGAAGAGGAAGAAGAUAUUCCCUCUCGACUACGGUUGGUCUAUUGAAAAUUGGUGA